AUGCCCCACCCGACCUCACAUGUCCCACCCACCCCUAUCCCCCCACGCACCGCCCCCCCCCUACCCACCCACCCAUGUACCCCUCCCCCUAUCCCCCUGCGCUCCACCCCCACUACCCCCCCAUGUACCCCCCUACUCCCUCACGCACCACCCCCCCAACCCCCCCACCCACCGCCCCGCUAUCCCCUCUCCUCACGCACCUCUGCCCUGUCGUUUCCUCAAUCCAUCGCCUUGCGCCACAACCACGCUCCUCCACUCACCACUAUCUGCGCCCCCAAACCUCUUCGCCCAUCCCACCCCAUCCCUCCCCUCUCCUCUGCACCCAUCCCUCCCCUCUGCGCCCGUUACUCCCGACCUCCUUCCCCCCCAAACCCAUCCUCCCCCGCUUUCAUCCUCGCGUCCUGCGUCCCCUUUCCUCUGCCCGCCCUCACGCCCUUCCAACCCCCAUCCUUCCCCCCUUCAUCAUCGCACACUCACCCCCCUCUCGCUCCCUCCCCCUCCCCACUCUCUUUCCCUAUCGCCCCUCCCCACUCUCUUUCCCUAUCGCCCCUCCCCACUCUCUUUCCCUAUCGCCCCUCCCCACUCUCUUUCCCUAUCGCCCCUCACCGCAUGCUAUCGCUGGCUCGCUCUCCCAGCAUCCCCGCUGACGUCAGCAGCCGAUUUCCACCGCUCUGCAUAGCAUCCACCCCCAUCUUCACCGUUUCCCCCACAUCCUCAACCCGCAGAGUUUUCAGCCGGGCAGCCGCUUGCAGCGCGUUUUGUUUCACCUGCCCGAGGUCUAAUUCCAUCCUCCAUACGUCUUCCUCCUCGUUCCUCCCCCCAACGCCGCUCCCCCCUCCCUGCGCCUUACCACCCCUCCCCCCUUCCACUCCUCUCUUUCCCUCCAACGAAAUCAGCCUAUCAGCGGCCGCCUUAUUACCAGCGGUUCUAUCACGAUCGGCCGCGUGUCUCUGUUGCGACUCGGGCUCUCGUCGGCGGUGGUGUCUGCGACCAUUGUUAGCAGCGAGGAUGACAAUAGCGGGUCGACGGGAGGAUGAGCGGAAUGGCACGAUGGUUUAUUGCCGCUUCACCUGUUCCCCUCGUCUUCUCAACCUCUUUAUUCUCUCUUCCCCUUAUCCGACUCUCGCGGCCCGUCCGCCCCUCUUUCCUGCUGCCCCCACCCGUCUGCCACCUACCACCCAUCUGCUGCCCCUCACCCAUUUGCUGCCCCCUCACGUGGGUGGCCCCGGCCACAUGUGGCGCCCAGUGCCCGUGCUGCAGGACUGCCAGCAGGCGUGGGGGAGGACGUUCUUUGGGUGGCAGGGGAGCCAUGUGUUCUUGCCAGCAGGCGGUGGCAUGAAACGCGACGACAGGGAAAAGGAAUCAUUCU